CUGUUUUGGGGGAGGGAGGGUGUCCGAUCUCCCUCACAGCCCGCCACAGGCUGCUCUCGGGUAUAUGGGUCUGCUCUGCUCAAAGCCUUGCAGAAAGGGCAGGGGAUGUGCUGAUUAAUCCCUGAGUGUAGAAAGAUGGAUGGUUUGCAUGCGUGUCUAGAAGAUGAGAAAGAAAAUGUUCCUUGGCAGAAAAGCUGAGUUUCCAAGCGGACUGUCACCUGAAUCUUCACGUAUCUGGCAACUGAUCCCCAACAUAGCACAGCCACCUGUGCACCGAGGCUGAGGCUGGUCACAGCUCCGACUGCCCUGGUCGUUGCUCGAUUCACCAACAGGGAUGAGAGCUGCCUGGUUGCUGCUGCUUUCGGAAACCUGAAAAAGGUUGUGGAUGGCUUCUAGAAGAUAUUGAUUUGCUCCCUGGGAAAUAUUGUUUUACUGGGUUUCGUGUCACAUCGUACCCUCUGUCGACCAUGAAUCAGCCAGACCCUGCCAAAGACCUGGACCCCUGCCCUGAGUUCCUGUGUGUGGCCUGCGGUCAAGCCCACUCCCCUGAGGAAAACCACGUCUACACCUACACGGAGGAUGUGGACGAUGACCUCGUAUGCCACAUCUGCCUGCAAGCCUUGCUGGACCCUGUCGACACUCCCUGCGGACACACCUACUGCACACUCUGCCUCACCAGCUUCCUGGUGGAGAAGGACUUCUGCCCCGUGGACCGCAAGCCUCUAGUGCUGCAGCACUGCAAGAAAUCCAGCAUCCUGGUCAACAAGCUCCUCAACAAGCUCAUGGUAACCUGCCCUUUCACGGACUUCUGCUCUGAGGUGUUGCAGCGCUGUGAUCUCGAGCAUCACUUUCAGACAAGCUGUAAAGGCGCUUCCCACUACGGCCUGACAAAAGACAGGAAGAGGCGUUCGCAAGACGGCUGUCCUGAGGGCUGCGCGAGCCUUACAGCAACGACACUCUCCCCAGAGGCUUCCGCAGCCACCACCACUGCCCUGAUGACGGAGGAGCCAGGCCUAGACAACCCUGCCUAUGUGUCCACGGUGGAGGAUGACCAGCCGGCAAACAGCCCGCUGGACCCCAGCCAGAGCAACCGGACUAGGACACGGCCCUUUGAGCGAUCCACUAUCAGAAGCAGGUCUUUUAAAAAAAUAAAUCGAGCUUUGAGCGUUCUUCGAAGGACAAAGAGUGGAAGUGCAGUUGCCAAUCAGGUGGACCAGGGAAGGGAAAAUUCUGAAAACACCACUAACCCUGAAGUCUUUCCAAGGUUGUACCACCUGAUUCCAGAUGGUGAAAUUACCAGCGUCAAGAUCAAUCGAGUGGAUCCCAAUGAAAGCCUUUCCAUUAGGCUUGUGGGAGGCAGCGAAACACCUCUGGUCCAUAUCAUUAUCCAACACAUUUAUGGUGAUGGGGUGAUUGCCAGAGAUGGCCGGCUACUGCCAGGAGACAUCAUUCUAAAGGUCAAUGGCAUGGACAUCAGCAAUGUACCCCACAACUACGCCCUACGCCUCCUGCGACAGCCCUGCCAGGUGCUGCGGCUGACGGUGCUCAGGGAGCAGAAGUUCCGGAGCAGGAACAGUGGUCUGGCACUGGACAUCUAUGGCCUCCGGGAUGACAGCUUCCAUGUGGUUCUCAACAAAAGCAGCCCCGAGGAGCAGCUUGGAAUAAAACUGGUGCGCAAGACGGAUGAGCCUGGGGUGUUCAUUUUCAAUGUGCUGGAUGGUGGCGUGGCAGACCGACACGGUCAGCUGGAGGAGAACGAUCGCGUGUUAGCUAUCAAUGGACACGACCUUCGAUACGGCAGCCCAGAGAGUGCGGCUCAUCUGAUUCAGGCCAGUGAAAGGCGUGUUCAUCUCGUCGUGUCCCGCCAAGUUCGACAGCCGAGUCCUGACAUCUUUCAGGAAACAUGUUGGAACAGCAACGGCAGCCAGUCCCCUGGCCCUGGGGAGAGAAGCAGCAAGCCCCUCCAUCCCGUGGUCACUUGUCAUGAGAAGGUGGUAAGUGUCCGAAAAGACCCCAGCGAAUCCCUUGGCAUGACAGUUGCUGGGGGUGCAUCGCAUAGGGAAUGGGAUUUGCCAAUCUAUGUCAUCAGCAUUGAGCCCGGAGGAGUCAUAAGCAGAGAUGGAAGAAUAAAAACAGGUGACAUUUUGUUGAACGUGAAUGGCAUUGAAUUAACAGAGGUCAGCCGGAGCGAGGCAGUUGCGUUUUUGAAAAGCACGUCCUCCUCUGUGGUACUCAGAGCUUUGGAAGUCAGAGAACAUGAGCCCCAGGAAGACUGCAGCAGCCCAGCAGCCCUGGACUCCAAUCACAACAUGGCCCCACCCAGCAACUGGUCCCCCUCCUGGGUCAUGUGGCUGGAAUUACCACGGUAUCUGUAUAACUGUAAAGAUGUUAUACUACGAAGAAACACAGCUGGAAGUCUAGGCUUCUGCAUUGUAGGAGGUUAUGAAGAAUACAAUGGAAACAAACCUUUUUUUAUCAAAUCCAUUGUUGAAGGAACACCGGCAUACAAUGAUGGAAGAAUUCGAUGUGGUGAUAUUCUUCUUGCUGUCAAUGGUAGAAGUACAUCAGGAAUGAUACAUGCUUGCUUGGCAAGAAUGCUGAAAGAACUUAAAGGAAGAAUUACUCUCACGAUUGCUUCCUGGCCUGGCACUUUUUUAUAGAAUCAGUGAUGAGGUCAUAGAAAAACAGAAAAUCACAAGUGGGCUAAUUAAGUUGAAAUAACAUAUUUAUCUUACCAAUUUUUAUAUUAAAAGGAUACAUUAUAAAAAAUGUAAAACUCAAUGUCAGGAAAAGUAUGAUUUCAUGAAAGGCAAUGACACCUUCAGAAAAACUAACUCAAAAUAUGAAAACUAGUAGUUUUAUUUAGUAUGGAAAAUUUCUCAUUACUUCAUAGCUUUAAGUUUAUAUUUUUCUAUUCAAGAAAAAGCCCUUAAACAGUUGAAAUGGUUUGUAUGCCCCAUGAAUUCAAAUCAUACAAUUAAGAAAUCUGGUAUAUGCAGAGGUCUGCAAUGGGCACAUUAUGGGCAUUAAAAAAAAAACUUUAAAGCCUGAGGAUUUUAGACGUGCAUUACUGAAAAAUGUUCCUUUCAUCAUAUGAGAAAUAAAUAUUUUUUAAAAAUUA